UCUCUCGCUCGUCACAGAAGGUGUAGUGUUCUCAAACAGAGCUAAGGCCUUGCAUCCGCGUCAAUCGUUUCAUCAAGGCAACCUGCAUCAAUAUUUCUUGGCGAAAUAGAAACAAAGUAAGCUAAAGAACAAAAUGGCAUCAACCUCUGAGCUUGCUUGCGUGUACAGCGCCCUUAUUCUCCACGACGAUGGUGUGCCCAUAACGGCAGAAAAAAUUGAAAAGCUGAUCAAGGCUGCCAAGGUUGAUGUAGAACCCUUCUGGCCAGGUCUCUUUGCCAAAGCCCUCGAGGGACACAACCUAGACAGCCUUAUCCAGAGCGCUGGUGCUCCUGGUGCAGGUGGUGGUGCUGCCCCUGCUGCCGGAGGAGCCCCUGCUGGUGGUGGUGAAGCUGAGGCUAAGGAGGAGGAGAAGAAGGAAGAAAAGAAACAGGAGUCUGAAGAAGAGUCAGAUGAUGACAUGGGCUUUGGAUUGUUUGACUGAGUGGAUACUGUUACCGCAGCAU